AAGGAGAGAGAGAGAGAGGAGGAAGGAGGAGUAUUCAUAUGGAAACCGUUUUCUUUCGUCAGUCUCUGGUCUACUCAAACUGCGCUCAUCAGCCGAUGGAGUAGAGCUCCUCUUGAAGCACAGAGAGCAGGUCAAGGCUACUCUCCUGCUAUGUGCUUCCUGAUGUCAACGACGGCGCGGAAGCAGCUGUAGCUGGCGUGGUAGAGCGGCAGGUUACUUUCAGGGUCUUCCAAACCAAAACUGUACCAUCUAUGACCAGUACGCCAAGUGCGCAUCUUCAAGGAAAAGGUUUUGGUGUCCGGUUUCCCUGAAUCUCACUCCCCCUCACCCCUCUAUCUUCCUCUCUUUCUCUCUGUCUCCCCCAAUCUGAUCACGGGUGGCUGGCGUGUGAUCUGAACUCCGACCUGUCUUCUCUAACAACCGGGAGGGGGGACACGACACUAUCACUACCCAACACGCGCUCGACCCGGGCCAGGCUGUGCGAGUCACGGAUCGGUCCCGAGCCGCCCCGCGCGCUCGCCCUCGCGCCCAUGGAGGGGGACGUUAUGGACAAGCUGGAGGACAUGGCCUCGGUGUACGAGUUCGACCCGAUCACCGGGAACAUUCCCGCCACUAAAGUAGAGAUCACGGUCUCCUGCAGAAAUCUUCUAGAUAAAGACACCUUCUCCAAAUCUGACCCAUUGUGUGUGCUCUACACCCAAGGCGUAGAGACCAAGCAGUGGAGAGAGUUUGGGAGAACAGAGGUCAUUGACAACACUCUAAAUCCCGACUUUGUCAGGAAGUACAUCCUGAACUAUUUCUUUGAAGAAAAGCAGAAUCUGCGCUUUGACCUGUAUGAUGUGGACUCCAAAAGCCCAGACCUCUCCAAACAUCCAUCUGAUCUCAACGACUUUUUGGGUCAAGUGUUCUGUACCCUGGGAGAGAUUGUGGGGUCACCUGCCAGUCGCCUGGAGAAACCACUGGGAGGGAUAGCUGGCAAGAAAUGUGGGACAAUCAUCCUAUCUGCAGAGGAGCUGGGUAACUGCAGGGACAGUGCGACGAUGCAGUUCUGUGCCAACAAACUGGACAAGAAGGACUUCUUUGGCAAGUCAGACCCUUUCAUGGUGUUCUACAGGAGCAACGAAGAUGGAACGUUCACUAUCUGCCAUAAGACAGAAGUGGUGAAGAAUACAUUGAAUCCGGUGUGGCAGUCGUUCACCAUUCCAGUCAGGGCCCUCUGCAAUGGGGACUUCGACAGAACAAUUAAAGUGGAGGUGUAUGACUGGGACCGAGAUGGCAGCCAUGACUUCAUAGGGGAGUUCACCACUAGCUACCGGGAGUUGGCUCGAGGCCAGAGCCAGUUCAAUGUCUAUGAGGUAGUGAAUAUUAAAAAGAAAAUGAAGAAAAAGAAAUAUGUGAACUCUGGAACGGUGACCCUUCUCUCCUUCUCUGUGGAAUCUGAGUGCACCUUCCUGGAUUACAUCAAAGGAGGGACCCAGAUCAAUUUCACUGUGGCCAUCGAUUUCACAGCAUCUAACGGUAACCCUUCCCAGUCCACCUCUCUGCAUUAUAUGAACCCAUACCAGAUGAAUGCCUAUGCCAUGGCCUUGAAGGCUGUCGGGGAAAUCAUCCAGGACUAUGACAGUGAUAAGAUGUUCCCUGCCCUGGGCUUUGGAGCCAAGCUACCCCCGGAUGGACGGGUCUCUCACGAAUUCCCUCUGAACGGUAACAUGGAGAACCCCUACUGUAAUGGCAUUGAGGGCAUCCUUGAGGCUUAUCACCAGAGUCUCAAGACUGUUCAGUUGUAUGGACCAACCAACUUUGCCCCCGUAGUAAACCACGUGGCCAGGUAUGCUGCAGCAGUUCAAGACGGCUCCCAGUACUUCGUCCUCCUCAUCAUCACCGAUGGAGUCAUAUCAGACAUGGCUCAGACAAAAGAGGCCAUCGUCAAUGGGGCUAAAUUGCCCAUGUCGAUAAUAAUUGUUGGAGUGGGACAAGCUGAGUUUGAUGCCAUGGUGGAGUUGGAUGGUGAUGACAUCCGAAUUUCCUCUAGAGGGAAGCUUGCAGAGAGAGACAUUGUUCAGUUUGUCCCAUUCCGAGACUACAUGGACCGGACCGGGAACCAUGUGUUGAGUAUGGCCCGGCUAGCCAAGGACGUCCUUGCUGAGAUCCCCGAUCAGUUCAUCUCCUACAUGAAGAGCAGAGGCAUCAAACCAAACCCUUCACCUCCCCCAUACACUCCCCCUGGACACACACACCACACACAGAUCUGAACUCACCACCACUUACACACACACAUACAUUUGAUCUCAGAAUCCAAUGGGAGACAGCAUCAAAGAUUUGCAGCCCCCUUACCCUGGAACUCUCAACUUCCUGAUUGGGACAGGAUGUGAUGUAAUAGGAAGUUGUUGAAGCAACGGGUGUUUGUGUGAGGACUCUCCCUUUCUCGGGAUAUAAGACAACAGCGUUUCUGUCCAAUGCGCUUCUAUCUAUUAUGUCUGUUUCUCUGAUGAGCAGAGAACAUUGUGGGGUGACUUCAGUACAGUUGCUGUACCAUUUAAGGACUUGUCUUUUUAUCAACAUACAUGGGCCAGUGACUGUUUUUAUAUGGUGUUGUUUUUCGAGCAGGUGGGUGAAAGGGGUCAUGUGGUAAUAUUGUGGUUGAAACUUGUGCCUGUCCGCGAUCUAGUUGUCUGACUAUAACAGAACAAGUGGAUCUUUGAACUUUGACCUGGUUUGCCAUUGUGUGUAUUAAUAAGGGGAUGUUUUUGAAUUCCUUUCCAUGGUUUUUCAUUGGUUUGGUCAUGGGCAUCCUCCUGUUGAUUUGUAGCUUUAUCAUUCACGGUAAAAAACUAUUCUAUUAGCCUCAUAUGGUGUCUGUCUUGUUUUAUUGCUUCCAUUGCUUUUCCUUGUUUUUAGACUCCUAUAUGUUCUUGGCUCUAUUUUUCUUGCUUUCCAUUUCAACGCAUGUUCAUAUAGGAUUCAAUUCUCCAUAUGCCUGUAUUUAUAAUGUAUCAAAAUGGCAUGGAUAUAUAAGGAUAUGUAAUUUAUAUACAGGUAUGACCUUCCAGAUGUGAUUUCUCUAUUACAAACAAUUAUAGUUUAAGGACAUGUAAAAGCACAAGGGAGAGAUUCUUAUAGCUCUUUAACUUAUGUAACAACAACCACAGGAUUGUAACUAUGCACAUCAGCUUUGUGUCGCACUAUAACCUAUCUAUAAAACAAAUACUUAAGUAUUGUUUAUUUAUUAAGGGUUCUGAUAGUCUACCACAUUUCUGGUAUGAGUUAAAUAAAUUCUAGACACCUAGAUAUCACACAAUUUGAAAGCACAAAAAGCCACUAUUCUUUCAACUACUGUUAUUUUUUUAUUGCUUUUCAAUUUCAAUUUCUUUCCAUUUCUCUAAUUCCCAAUACUGAAUGUUGUUUAUUGAUGUUAAACUUGAUAUAGAAAGUAAUUGUAUCCACUUGAAUCAAAUUUCACUCUAUUGAAUCUUUUUCAUGAUAAACAGACAUCAAUAACUUUCCCAAAGUAUUUCACUACGUUGCUUCAGUCCGCCUAACAGCCUUCCUGCUCCCUGAAAAGAAGCCAUUAUGGUGUCAUAAUCAAAUGAAGUCAGGCUGAAAUUGAAUUAAGCUGAGGAGACUACACUCCUGGAUGCCAACAGCACAGCUGAAAGACAGAUCUCCUCAGCAAGUUAAAUACUCCACAGGCUUUAACACACUGUAGACAGCAUUCAACUGUGAUUGCAAUAUUCUAGGUUAGUUUACAGAAAUGUUCAGGUUUUCCAGAAAUCACACUUUGGAAAAUGUUGGAAAGUUACCAGCAGUUUGCAAUGCCUCCAAAACUCCCUUCUCCCAAGUCUGUAAGAGUAAUGUUUGUUUUGUAGGGACAAAAAUAUUUGGAAAAUGGCUAAAUCUGGCUAGUCAGAUUUUGUACGUUGUUGUGUAUAAUAUUUCAGGGGCAAAUAAAAAUGGUAUAUAUCUGUCAGGUUUAAGGUCAAUUCAAAUUUAAUGCAGUCAAUUCAGGAAGUUAUAUAGAUAAUAGACAAUUAACAUUUUAAAACAGUUGCAAUAAAUUGUAACUUUUUCGCUUUGUUGAGAAAGUAAUUGAAACCAAAUACUAUUUUGUCCAUUAUUGAAUAGUAAUAUCAGUUUACUUCCUCAAUUGACUGCCUUCCAUUGAAAUUGACCCCAUUCCUGAUAUAUGUACAGUAAAUUGAUUGGUUUUCUCAGUGUUGAGUGAUGUGGACCUAGAAUAUCAGAUAUGUGUGUAUGUGUGUUUACUAAUAACAGUAGUUUACAAGAAUACAUAUUUCUCUGAUCAAGUUCAAGGAAAACCCAUUAUUCCUUAAGAGGUGUACUGGUUACUCUGACAGUAUGUUUAUUUAGUAUUUUUGGAGAUGAUAAGCGUAUUGAUAUGUUUUGAGAUAAUAACUUUAUUUUUUUGGGAAUGCGUAUGAUACAAAGCCAUUUAUUCUGCUGACUACAUCCCUAUAAUAGAAAUAGAAUUGCACAUGUACUUGAAUGGGGAUGUUUGUUCUAGUAGUUGUAUUUUUAUGGCUAUAUAUCUAAAAAAGAAAGCAUCUCUUCUCAGUCAACCCCUGAGCUGUUUUCAGAUUCUGUUCUUUACAUUCAUCAACCAAGCUGGUGUAACACAGACAGUGUUUUAUAUUCUGUGCCAACCAUCUGUAACAUAGACACCAUUUCAUCCGGAUGAUGUGCAUGUUAGUGCCAAAUAUGGCAGCAAGUUCAGUGGAUUAUUUGUUUUCUCUUCCCUCUCUCUCGUGCCUGGCCAUUUCUGUUGUUACCGUGAGAUCUCUUGAUUGAUCAAGCAUUGGGAAAACUGUAGCCGAUCAGCAUGUUGCAUAUAGUCAAUAUUUAAUUAUGAUGUAUAUUAUUUUUGUUAAUUUUUUUUAAUCCCCUCUUUUCAUCUUUGUUGUUUAUCGCUCCAGGUUUCUAAUUUGCAUGGUUUGCCUCUUUUAUUGAAAGCAUUUUUUUUUUUAUUGUACAUGAUCGUUGUCAUGAGGUGGAUUGUGAAAUGCUUUGUAUUGGAUUGCCUUAAAUGAAAAUGAAUUAAAAAAAAACAAAUGAC